AGUAUUAUUAGAUAUUAGUUUUCAAUCAUUAAUUCUUCCCUAAUACAGUUUUUCUCCCAAGACUAUUUUCAAACUUGGACGAAUCUGAAUGAGUCCUUGAAGUAGAGAGUAAAAAUAAACUUACUCUGUGGAGUGGGAAGAGGGUUUAGGAGGCACGGGUUGACUGGCAUCAGAGGGCGGCCAGAUGCCACCUGUUCCCCAGUCGAAACAACUUCGUCAUGCCCCUCACCUGAGUCUUCUCUACCCUGCUCGCCAAUAUGGAGGGUGGAGGUGUGCAGGUGUCAACAUGGAGGUGGGUGGUGUGGGUGACGGUGAUGGUGGGCAACGCGGGCGGCGAGCUGCUCCUCAACAUCGGCGGCAUCUUCCCCAUCCAUGGCUCAGACGGCUGGCAGGGCGGCCAGGCGUGUCAGCCAGCCGCCAUGUUGGCCAUGCACGAUGUAAACAACAGACCCGACCUUCUACCUGGGUACAAGCUCAACCUGGCGUGGAACGACUCCCUGUGUGAGCCGGGCCUGGGGGCGGCUGUGAUGUACGACCUGCUGUACAACCCACCCACCAAGCUGAUGCUGCUGGGCGGCUGCUCCACCGUGUGCACCACCAUCGGGGAAGCCGCCAAGAUGUGGAACCUCGUCGUGUUGUCGUACGGGUCAAGUUCGCCAGCACUGAGUGAUCGACAGCGGUUCCCCACGUUCUUCAGGACUCAUCCAUCAGCUACCGUGCACAACCCUACCAGGAUCAGGGUGAUGCAGAAAUAUAACUGGUCCCGUGUCGCCAUCAUCCAGCAGGCCGAGGAGGUCUUCAUCUCGACGGUGGAGGAUUUGGAGGUGAGGUGUAAGGACGCAGGCAUCGAGAUCGUGACCCGUCAGAGUUUUCUAACCGACCCAACAGACGCCGUCAGGAACCUGAAACGCCAAGACGCGAGAAUCAUCGUGGGACUGUUUUACGUCAACGCCGCCAGGAGGGUCCUCUGUGAGAUCUACAAAAAUACACUCUACGGCAAGAGUUAUGUCUGGUUCUUCAUAGGGUGGUACGAGGACAACUGGUUCGAGAAUCCUUUACAGGAAGAGAACCUCAACUGUACCCGAGAGGAGAUGAGACAGGCAGCGGAGGGGCACAUGACCACAGAAGCUCUCAUGUGGAAUAAAGACAAUGAGAAGACGAUUUCCGGCAUGACGGCGGGAGACUUCAGGCUGCGACUGAACCAGGCGUUGAUAGAGAAGGGCUACGAGAACCAGAGUAACCCAGUGGGCUAUCAGGAAGCUCCUCUGGCCUACGACGCCAUAUGGAGUGUAGCGCUGGCCCUCAACAAGACGAUGGAGCGGCUGGCGGCAGUUAACAAGUCCAUCGAGGAGUUCACUUACACCAACAAGGAGAUCGCUGCCGAGCUUUACAAAGCCAUGAACGCCACACAGUUCCUCGGUGUGUCGGGUAGAGUGGCGUUCAGUACGGACGGUGACAGGAUAGCGUGGACUCAGAUCGAGCAGAUGAUCGACGGCCGUUACCAUAAGCUGGGCUACUUCGACGUGCAGACCGACAACCUCACCUGGUUCAACAGGGAACAGUGGAUAGGUGGGAAGGUGCCGCAGGAUAGGACCAUCGUCAGGAGGCAGCUGAGGACGGUGUCUCUGGGCCUCUUCAUCAGCAUGUGUACCAUCAGCUCCGUCGGCGCCGUCUGGGCUCUACUCCUCCUCAUCUUCACCUUUGUUCACAGACAACGACGAUUGAUCCAGUUGUCGCACCCGGCGUGUAACAACAUCACCCUGGUGGGGAUUAUGCUCUGCCUGGGGUCAAUCUUCCUGCUGGGGUUGGACGGUCAGUUCGUAAGCCAGCAGCAGUUCCCGACGGUGUGUGGGUUGCGUGCCUGGUGCCUCUCUCUCGGCUUCACCCUCGCUUAUGGGGCCAUGUUCUCCAAGAUUUGGCGUGUCCACCGUCUCACAACCAAGACCAAAAUAGAGAAUAAGCGGGUGGAGCCCUGGAAGCUGUAUGUGAUGGUGGGGAGCUUCGUGGUGGUGGACGUGAUUGUGUUGAGUGUGUGGCAGGCCGUCGACCCCCUCCAGAGGACGCUCGAAGUCUUCCCUUUGGAGAAACCCAAGGACGCUGUCGAGGACAUCAAAAUCAAGCCGGAGCUCGAGCACUGUGAGAGUCGACAUAACACCAUCUGGCUGGGUCUGCUCUACGGCUACAAGGGUUUGUUGCUCAUCUUCGGCCUCUUCCUGGCCUACGAGACUCGCAGCAUCAAACUCAAGCAGAUCAAUGACUCCAGGCUGGUGGGGAUGAGUAUCUACAACGUGGUGGUGUUGUGCCUCAUCACGGCUCCUGUCACCCUGGUUAUCUCGACGCAACAGGACGCGUCUUUCGCCUUCGUGUCGCUGGCCAUCAUCUUCUGCUGUUUCCUCUCCAUGGCGCUCGUCUUCGUUCCUAAGAUCGUGGAGAUUGUACGUCACCCUGGGGAGCGUGUGGAGUCAAGCGGGGAGACGGCGCCCAGCAAGGAGGAGGAGGAGCGGUACCAGAAGCUCCUGCACGAGAACGAGGACAUGCAGAGACUUAUUGCCGAGAAAGAGGAGAAGAUCCGGUUGUUGAAGUUGAAGCUACAAGAGAGGGCAGCCGUCAGGAGCCGGGAGCAGGCGUCCGAGAACCACGUGAUCGAUCCCUCCCACCACACACGCCUCCGACAAGUGUCUACGGACCCUCAGAAAGACACACUACCAUUACUCACCGCCGACAUAGAACUGUAUUAUGGUAGUGGUCGUCCAGCCGUCAGGAUCGUGACGCCGGACGCCUCCUCUGCCGCAGACGACGCCAUGGUUCCCAGGAUCAACUUCGAUAUUUCCGAGUCGUAUCUGUAAACACAGUGGACCAGGACCUGUGAACACAGUGGACCAGGACCUGUGAACACAGUGGACCAGGACCUGUGAACACAGUGGACCAGGACCUGUGAACACAGUGGACCAGGACCUGUGAGCACAGUGGACCAGGACCUGUGAACACAGUGGACCAGGACCUGUGAACACAGUGGACCAGGACCUGUGAACACAGUGGACCAGGACCUGUGAGCACAGUGGACCAGGACCUGUGAACACAGUGGACCAGGACCUGUGAACACAGUGGACCAGGACCUGUGAACACAGUGGACCAGGACCUGCACCUCUUCCUGCAGGAGGACUCUGGACUACUAUCUAUGUGGUCACUGGACCAGUACCUAUGGGUUCAAUGGACCACUGCCCGUUGGUUUAUUGGACCACUGCUUGUGGGACCACUGAAUCAUUACCGAUUAGGUCAUUGGACCCCUAGCUGCGGCACCACUGAACCAUUAUCUGUGAGUCCAUUUGACUACUGCCUGUGUGACCACUGGACUACGACCCAUGGGUCCACUGAACCACUAUCUGUAGGACCACUGGGUCAUUACCUGUUGAACCUCCGGACUAUUAUCUAAGGGGCCAUUGGACCACAAUUUAUGGGGCCACUGGGCCAUUACUUGUGGGGCCAAUGGACCAUUACCCAUGAGACCAUUGGACCAUUACCUGUAGGGCCACUGGAGAACAGGAGCCAGUGGCCUUUUGGUCCACUGGAGAUACGGUCGGAUCCCUGUUACCGCCCACACCAUCUCCAGGAACCUCGAGGGGGACUGUCUUCUGUCCUAGAGAACCUGACCCUCGAACACCUGUCUUCGAGAAUCUGAGUCUCGAACACCUGUCCUGGAGAACCUAACCCUCGAACACCUGUCCUGGAGAACCUAACCCUCGAACACCUGUCCUGGAGAACCUAACCCUCGAACACCUGUCCUGGAGAACCUAACCCUCGAACACCUGUCCUGGAGAACCUAACCCUCGAACACCUGUCCUGGAGAACCUAACCCUCGAACACCUGUCCUGGAGAACCUAACCCUCGAACACCUGUCCUGGAGAACCUAACCCUCUAGAAUAAAUCUCCAAGAGUAUUUCCUCGAAAAGGCUCAAAGUCGUGUUCUCGAAGCUCGUCCUUGAGACUAUGCUCUUGAGGGAGAAGUGUCCUUCUACAACUGCUUCAAUUUCAAGAGAACGUGAAUUCGAGACCAAAGUUCUUGAGUACCGCAUAUAUCGAGACCAAAUACCCUUGAAGGAUUUUUCUUCGUGUCCUCGAGGUGGUGCCCUUAAGUAACGUACUCUCGAGAUAAUGCCCCUUAAGUAACGUACCCUAUAGAUAGUGCCCCUUAAGUAACGUACCCUCGAGACAAUGCCCCUUAAGUAACGUACCCUUGAGAUUAUGCCCCUUAAGUAACGUUCCCUCGAGACAAUGCCCCUUAAGUAACGUACCCUUGAGAUUAUGCCCCUUAAGUAACGUACCCUUGAGAUAGUACCCCUUAAGUAACAUAACGUACCCUUGAGAUAAUCCCCCCCUCAAGUAACGUACCCUCGAGAUAGUGGAUUCGAGACCUGAUCCUCGAGUGAGUGUACUGGAGUAGGUGUGGCGGUGAAGGACUCCCGGGCGCCAACUGCUCCCUCUUGUGGCCACCGCGGCUAAAAUAUCCACCAACGGAAAAAAAAACAGUAGCCGUUGUCCAAUCUGUUUUUGUGAUUAGUGGUUCGUUAGGUGUCUGUUGUUUUUCUGCCGUUAAUACUACACUCACACGUUAACAGUACAUCAAUGCCGUUAACCCUAGAGCAUGCCGUUAACUGUAAACACACAUACCAUUACCAGUACACCCAUCCCGUUAACAGUAUACCACUCUCGUUAACACUAUCUCGUUAACAGUACACUUACCCCGUUAACAGUACGCCCACACCGUUAACAGUACAGGACAUCUAUCCCGCUAACAGUACACCCAUCCCGUUAACAUUAUACCCAUCCCGAUCACAAUACACCCACACCGUUAACAGUUCGUCCAUACCGUUAACAAUACACCCAUCCCGUUAACAGUACACCCAUCCCGUUAAUGCUACACCGUUAAGAGUACUCUGAACAUGGUUAUUGCCACCACAUAAUUUAUAAGAGAAGAGUACAUCCAGACAUUGACUAGAGUACAUCCAGAUAUUUUCUAGGGUACAUCUGGACAUUGACUAGAGUACAUCUGGAAACUGACUAGAGUACAUCCAGACAUUGAGUAGAGUACAUCUGGAUAUUGUAUCCUUUGUAGGCCUGAGUUAAAAAAGUUUGAUGUAUUUUAAAAUCUUAAAUCCGAUAACGGGUGGACGGAUGGACUUGAGGUCGGACGGAUGCGUUUACAAAGUCAGAUGGAAUACAUAUGCAAAAUCGGACGUAUACAGACAGACAUUCACAUAGUAACGUAAUAUGCCUCAGGUGAGAGUGAGGACAGUAAUACCAUCAUGGGAAUGUUUUACCUGAGACGCGAGACUGAAACACGUGUUGGAUCCUCUAUCGGGUGCUGGAGUGAUCCCAGAGGAGAGACACAACGGGAUUCUCAACAAUUCGUAAGUAGAGUUUUCCCCGUGCAGUCUCGGUGCAUUUUGGAAGCCAUUUUGACUACUGUAUACAAUAGCUCAAGUGAACCGUUUUCAUACAUUCUUAUAUCUCCAGUGUGGGGAUCAGUCUUACGUACGGGACUCUAAGAAUCUGUUUCGGGUGGUGUGUGUGUGUGUGGUAUAAUGUCUAUGAUUUUCUUAAUUUCGAGGCUGUGACACCCUUGAAAGGAACCACUUAGCGAAAACAUUGUCGACUUCGGUUAACGUUGGCGGGAACAAUGAUCUGCGAUAAUAAAAAAACGCCAUAAAAAGUUACCAUAACAGUUAUCCUCAUAAAAAAUCUAAAAAAAAUAAAAUAAAUGAAAGAGUAGUUAUAGUAUUUUUGGGAGUUUAGUCCUACUGGUUAAUUCUUUUGGUUUAAUCGUUAUUCCUCUUGCUUAAUUAUUCCAAACACUUGUAAGAGCAGCAUGAGCCAUUGGCUUGUGGUACAUCUCGAGUAUUAUAACAGAUUUUAGUUAAAUAAAUAGUGUAGCUCAACUACCUAAGACGCUCUCCUCGCGUGAAAUGUACUUAUUAAAUAAAACGUUCAUCAACUACACAAAUUUGAAUCAUUGUUUCACAGAAUUUACAAAGUCUAUCCUCUAAAAGCUUCAUUGAAGUUAAAUUACAAUAAUUACCAUUUCAAAUUUCGCCUCUUAAGACUUAGGUGUAUUCAUCAAGAAGCGUUUAGUAGUAUAGAGAAACACUUAUUGCGUAGAUAAAAAUUUUUUUUUAUCUACAGAUAAGCUUCAUAGCUCUGUCUAGCGUUGAUUCAUCUAUAAGUUGUUUUAUUUCUAAACUGACUCAGGUAGUAGACCGCCAGACCCCGGUCGCCCAUGGCAGCACUACCGUGGGGGAUACAAGACGGUCCGAAAGUACUUUAAUCGCUACGAUCGUCUGUCCCUCAUUGAAGGAUUUCCUUUGGUCACACCUACACCUGCGAUCCAUCUGGUCCACCACACCCCCUCACACUACACACACUGAUAACUUCUUUUCACCUUCCCAGCUCCACUACUAGAGGUAACUCUUCACUUAACUCACCGUCUGGUGGUCGUCACCUAUGGCAGGCAGUUGGCAACAUCCUCUCUCUGAACACGCUUACAUCUUCGUGAUACAAGGAGAAGACACCUGUUUGUUAGGUGUGAAGCCUGAGACGUCAGGCAUACACCUCAGUAGGUACAUACGACGUCACUGUUUGGUUUGCGUUCUCAAACAGUCAUAUUGUUACGCCUUCACCAACUCGAGUACUGUAGUUGGUGAAGGGGUCGGCAUGUUCCAGUAUCCACGAAGUUUAAAUUAUAUACAGUAUAUUAGAAAUCAUAAGUCGUAAAAACAUACGUCACCAAAUAUUUACACACCAAUGCCUGUUUUCGCAGACACCGUGAAGUUACUUGAAUGUGUACCUCAAGACCCUGUCGUAAAGUAGUUUUCUCAAGAAUAUACCAUUUUUAGAUAUCAUCGUUUACAGUACGUUUGUUGUCAACAUGUUCUUCAGCGUGUAGCUGUGAAGUUCACGCAUGCAGUGUUCUGUCACACACUCAGGUAGCUGACAAACAUCAGCACUAAUGAUCUGUGUGUAAAGGUUGAUAGACAGCUUCCUGUGGUGUCAGGGCUACAGAGUUACACGCCUUGCCUUAGCUAUUUACAUCCCCGUUAGUGACCAGUCCCACUAGCCUCUGUACAAUGAACUAGUUACAUCUCUUUAUUUCACACAAUUAGUUUCACUUAAGUCGACCAGUCACAAAUAUCUCAUGUACUGUAAGAGUAACGUUUCCUCAAAGGUAACAUGUUAGGGCAUUAGUCACACUGUACCUCACUUUUAGUGUUAUACGUCGAAGUAAAUUUUAUAGUCAAUCAAUCUAAAUACUAACAGUGUCAAUAUUAGUCCUCAUAAAAUGUAACUUUUUUGUUAUAAAAUAAUUAAUAUUAACGGAAAUAAUACAUUGUUAUAACAUCACUGUCGCUGACAUGCAGUUUGUUCACAGUGCACUUGUAGAUAACAUUGUCUAGUGUACACAGAUAUAUAGUUUAUAAAUAGUUAGAAAAAAAUAUUUCUUGACGAUCAUAAGAGUUGUGAGUGUUUACACAUUUGUUAAGUGGUUGCGUUACCGCGCAGUUGUACGUUCGUUACCAACUGGAAGUUAUUUAAUCUGACUAGUAAUUAAAAGGUCCUAGUGGUUUUAAGGCAUUUUUCAUUGUAAUAGUUUAUAUUGAUGCAAAAAAAAUCCAAAAUUAAGACUAAAGUGUAGUAGAAGAUAACAGUCAUACUUUUAUCUCUCCCGCCACUUUUGUUUUAUGUUAUGUAGUGAAUCUCUCGCACAGCCAGCGAUGGUGCCGUAACUAUACAGUACAGAAUAUAAAUAUAAAGAUUAAAAAUAUGUAUGAGAAUUAUGAAAGAAAAUAUUUUUAAUACAAAAAUAAUUACAUCAUUAGAAAAAUACAGCCUAUGUUAGUACAGUACAUCAUCAUCAACAACAAACUCAUAAUCAUGCGUACUAUCAUCAUCAUCAUUAUCAUCAUGUACACCCACACCUUGACCAGUGACACACGUACACUGUUCCUACACACUACAGCAUCUCGGAAACAGAUCACGAUGUACCGGUAUUUCCGUCUCGUACGACUGUUUAUAUUCAGUCAAAAUUCGGGGUCAGUCUAUCAUUCAGAAACAAAUCAUAUCAUCUCAGAUAAAAAUAAGUUUUGCUAAUCAGAUUUUUUUUUGAAUGGAAAGAGCCUUUCGAGUGAGAUAAGAAACCAGACUUGUAUAUAACAACACCCAUUGUCAAAUAAUUAAAACCUAUUUUCAUUGGAUCACACCUCAAUCACCACCUCUCCUGCACCAAUGAAAACUUUGUUUUAUUCAAAAUAAGUCUGCAUAUCAUUGAAAACUUAUUUUCAUUGGUUUACGCCUUGGCCACUGCCGCAGCGACUACCAAUGAGUCUUUUUGUUUUCAGUGGUAGUGUUGCGGUCACAAGCGUUAAGAAUCUCUUGGUCAUAUUUAGUGUGUACUUUAGUUUUGUUUAGAAUAUAAUGUAUCACAAAGUAUUAUGUACAACAAAAUACAAAAUAUGAAAGUGAGAUUUAUGUACUUAUGUCAUGCUGUAUAUUGUUAUACACUGAGGCAGACUGACUGAUCCCCGACCCGUUAACAUUGGUUAACCCUCGGCUCUGUGACUGGCUGAUCCUCGACCCAUUGACAGUACCUGAUCCUCGACCCAUUGACAGUACCUGAUCCUCGACCCAUUGACAGUACCUGAUCCUCGACCCGUUGACAGUAGCUGAUCCUUUGCCCUUUGACAGUGGCUGAUGCUCGGCCCGUUGACAGUGGCUGAUCCGCGGCCUAUUGACAGUGGCCGAUCCUCGGCCCGUUGACAGUGGAUGACUCUCGGCCCGUUGACAGUGAAUGAUCUUCGGCCCGUUGACAGUGGCUGAUCAGUCGGCCUGUUCAGGGUGGCUGAUCCUCGGCCCGUUGACAGUGGCUGAUCAGUCGGCCUGUUCAGGGUGGCUGAUCCUCUGCCCGUUGACAGUGGCUGAUCAGUCGGCCUGUUCAGGGUGGCUGAUCCUCAUUUCUGUGACAGACCGGUUGAUCCUUGGCCCUUUUGCAGGCUGACUGACCCUUGGCACCAUGACAUAUUGACUGAUCUUCAGCUCUUAGACAGACUGGCUGAUCCUGAGCACCUUACCUGACAGGCUCAUCCCCAGCAUCAUGAUAGACCGGCUGAUCCAUGGUACCAUGAAAACCUGAUCGAUUCUUUACCCUACUACAGACUAGCUGAUCCUCGACCCUGUUGCAGACUGGCUGACUCUCGACAUUAUACCAAACUAACAUUCAAGGCUAGAAAAGAUUGGGUGAUCUUUAACCCUUUAACAAAUUGGCUAAUAAUUAAUCGGCCCCGUCAUAGAUUGGCUGAAUCUCGGCCCUGUCACAGAUUGGCUAAUCCUCAGCCCUGUCACAGAUUUACUAAUCCUCAGCCCUGUCACAGAUUGGUUGAAUUUCGGCCCUGUCACAGAUUAGCUAAUCCUCAGCCCUGUCACAGAUUGGCUGAAUCUCGGCCCUGUCACAGAUUGACUAAUCCUCAACCCUGCCACAGAUUGGCUGAAUUUCGGCCCUGUCACAGAUUGACUAAUCCUCAGCCCUGUCACAGAUUGGCUAGUCCUCAGCCGUGUCACUAAUUGGCCAAUCCUCAGCAACUGUCACAGAUUGGCUGAUCCUCGGCUCUGUCACAGACUGGCUAAUGCUCGGCCACGUCACAGAUUGGCUAAUCCUCAGCCGUGUCACUGAUUGGCUAAUCCUCAGCUGUGUCACUGAUUGGCUAAUCCUCAACCUCGUCACAGACUAGCUGACCCUUGUUCCUGUAACUGGCGGAUCGUCAGCCCUGCAACAGUCUAAUCGAACGCAGCUGUUGUAGAAAAUUACAAAUACCAUGUACUGUAUUUUUCAUGAAUGAUUUGGACCGAGAAAACAAAUAAAUCACAUAAUUAC